AUGCAGAGAGUGUGCCACCAUGUAAUUGACUUCUUGCCGCAGAGCUCUGGUUUUCUCGAAAGAGCUGAUGAGAUCGGCUUCGAACAGAGCCUUGAUCUCGUCGUACUUUUGCUUAUGUUCCACGGGAAGGUCCUCGACGAUGAGUCCCUGACCGACGGUGAAGACCUCCAGUUCCUCCUCGAUGGGGAACUGGAUGAGGAAGACGACGACGACUCCUGGGAUGCAGACUUCUUCUCAUCGGAAAAAGAAACCAGCGAGUCCAAUGAGGACACAGAUGAUGACUCGGCGGCAGGAAGUUGGCUGCGUGGCUGGCCUUCUGAAGAUGAUGAGGAGUCUGAUGACAACUCCGGCGAUGACAACGAUGGAGAUGACAGCGACAGCGGUGACGGCAGCAGCGACGAUGGCGGCGACGAUGAUGACAACGAUGACGAUGAUAGCAGUGACGGCGCGUCUCCUCCGGCGAAGUGCCGCAAGGCCAACGGUGUUUACUGGUGGUAG